AUUUAAUAUUAAUGAAGUCGCGCAUUGGCUCGCACUCGCGUCAUUCCCACUGCGCGACUUCUGUAGGCUGGCAGACUUCCUUCAAUAUUAUUUCUGGGCAGCAGGGUAAAAGUACUAAAAAAUGUUGCCGAGCCACAACACUGGGACGGACUGAAUGGAGGCCACGUUGUCGGGGAGCGGAGAUAAUAAAUCCGUCUACGGUCAACCGCGACACUCACCGAGCGACUUGUUGAGUUCUCAGUGAAAGUCCAGUCCUCGGUCUCCCCAUGCCUCCAUCUCCCCUCGACGACAGAAUUGUGGUGGCGCUGCCAAGGCCAAUCCGACCUCAGGAACUCCAACUACGCCUGGACACCAGCUACCUGGACUCCAUCACCACCAGCAGCAGCGACAAGACCGUAAUCAGCACCACCGUGGUGAAGAUCCGGGCGACGGCCAAUCUUGUAACGUAUAUGCCCUCAUCCAAGGGCUCCACGCGCUCAUUGUCGUGUGGAUGCAGCAGUGCCAGCUGCUGCUCUGUCACCACCUAUGAGAAGGACAGCCAGAGCCUCAACCACAGCCAGGUGAGCGCCAGUAGCCCCAAUCUCAGCUACGCCGGGCCCCCUACCCCAAUGGUCAGCAGCCAUGAAGCAUUAAGUGCCCCCAGUCUCGCCCCGGGCACGCCGAAGGCCCUAGCCACCGUGAGGGUCAUCCACCCCAAUGAGCUGGCCAAGCGGAUAACCUGCUGCCCCAUGGGUCACCCUGUGGGGCCCGUGCCGGUCAUCAUCGACUGCCGGCCCUUCAUGGAGUACAACAAGAGCCACAUCCGGGGGGCCGUGCACAUCAACUGCUCUGACAAGAUCAGCCGGCGACGGCUGCAGCAGGGCAAGAUCACUGUGCUGGACCUCAUUUCCUGCCGUGAGGGCAAGGACUCUUUUAAGGGCAUCUUCUCCAAAGAGAUUGUGGUUUAUGAUGAGAGCACCACGGACCCGAACCGGCUGACAUCCACUCAGCCUCUACAUGUGGUCCUGGAAUCACUGAGGAGGGAGGGCAAGGACCCAAUCAUCCUCAAAGGAGGCCUUAGCAGCUUCAGGCAGAGCCAUGAAAACCUGUGUGAGCACUCGCUGCACCUUCACGAAGGCUUGGACACGGGCGCAGCUGCUGGCCUGACGGGGGCUCUACCUCACUCUCUGCCCUCCACCCCGGACAUAGAGAACGCAGAGCUGACGCCAAUCUUGCCCUUCCUCUACCUGGGGAACGAGCAUGACGCUCAGGACAUCAACCUGCUGCAGCGCUUGAACAUCGGCUACAUCCUAAAUGUAACCACCCACCUGCCGCUCUACCACUAUGACACGGGCCUCUUUGUCUACAAGCGCCUGCCUGCCACCGACAGCAACAAGCAGAACCUGCGCCAGUACUUUGAGGAGGCGUUUGAAUUCAUUGAGGAAGCACACCAAGCGGGUAUGGGCCUCCUGAUCCACUGCCAGGCAGGCGUGUCUCGUUCAGCCACCAUUGUGAUCGCCUACCUGAUGAAGCACACCUGGAUGACCAUGACGGACGCCUACAAGUUUGUCAAAACCAGGAGGCCCAUCAUCUCCCCGAACCUUAACUUCAUGGGCCAGCUGCUGGAGUUUGAGGACGACCUCAACAAUGGAAUAACGCCACGAAUCCUCACGCCAAAGUUGAUUGGUGUGGAAACCGUCGUCUAGAUUAACCUCUCGACCCCUCCCCCUCCAAUGCUCGCACUUGUACCAAGUCUCCAUCUGCCAGCGGAGACUGGCUGAUCUGAGCCGAUUUGGAGUGUGAGAGUCGCCGAAUUUUUCUUGACUCUCGAGAGUGCCAAAGCUCUGGGUCAGUGGCGAAGAGAAAUGCCAAAAAUCCCCACUGUUUGGACCUGGCUGAAGUCCCAGAGGAGAGAGCUAGAAAGACAGGAAGCGGUCGGUGGCGAGCUUUCCAUUUGUGACUGCAGAGGAGCUUAAAUGACGGAGAAGGAAAUCUGUUUGGAAAAGAGAUUCUGUGCGCUUAGGGGUAGAUAUUGACAGAAAAAACUCUUAAAGCUCACACUGUGGCACACAGUUUAUGUUUGCAGACUCAGGCGGGGUUGGCCACGGCAGUGCCUGUCCAAAAAAAACAAACAAAAAAAACAAAUAAAGACUUGUUUGGUGUGUUAAUGUUGUUUUAUUUUUAUACAGGGGUUUAUGGGGGUGACCAUGACAAGCCCACAGCGGCUUACUGUGCAAUAAUUUCAGAGUGGAAUGCAACUGAGACCUUGAUCUUAUGUGUAUAUAUCGGACAUGAUAAUACAAAAUAUUUCCAGCUCUUUGCUGAACAACGGUUUUGAUGUUAAUGUAAAUUACUGUUGUUCAGUUCAAUGUGCAUAAGUAUGCUGUAUUUUAGGCAGAGGUAGGAGAUGGGGGGUGGGGGGACUUGUGGGGUUUUCGUCCGCUGAAACAAAAUUCAUACUGAGUGCGUUUGCUUCACUAUCUUCAUUUCCCAUUCCUGCAUCUACAUAUGCAUAUCUUUUAGCAAUAUACAUAGCAAUGGACAGCCAUAAGAGCUUUUCUUUUUUUUGAAUGCAUGGCUGCUGGCAGUAGAAGGAACGCUUUGAAAUUACAGUGAAUAUUGUCAAACAGGGCUACUGGAGUUGUUUAAUGUAACACAAUGGAGGAAUAUCACUGCCUGCUUCUGUCUCCUAGUCGUUUUUUCGCUCCAGUUCAUCCGUGAGCCUGCUCUGUUGUACUGUUAAGUCCCCGUUGUGGCCUCAUCUUAUGUUCUUGUCAGUGCCCUAUAUUUUGAGCUAUGGUUCAGCCGAUUCUAAGGUAGCAAAGUUGAGGUACAAAAAAACCCCUGCACUUCCACUUGUGGGUUAUAGUUUAAUGUGACAGUGAGGGUGGUGGUGUGGUAGCAGCGUGACCAUCGUCUAAUCUCCUGCAACUCCCUAUCACGAAGCUACAGUUAAGUGAGCUCUUCUUCCUUGCAUAGGCAAGCGCUGCUGUCACGUGCUGCUCUAGUGCCUCUAUCAAUGCCUUAAUUCAUGCGUCACCAGUGGGCCUGCGCAUGGCACUCUUAUCAUGUACGCAUGAAUGCAGAACACGCAGAGGUCAAAUGUUAGCUCCCAGGCAAAACUGCCCUGCUCCUUUGUCUCAGCUCUUUUCAGACACGAGAGACUUCACAUUGCCUCGCUAACCUGUAUAAAUGAUGGCAUUCUGUCAUUCGGAUAACAUCUUUAUGUUAAUGCUUCUCACCGCUUCGUGCAGACAUGGCCAAAGAGAGUGAAGGAGAUCACACUGAUCACUUCUUUCAUGUGUGGCGGUUAUCGUUCUCAUUGAGUUAUUAAUCAAGAGAAGGCACACUUUUGAACGUCUCGUCGCCAUUGCCACCAAGAGCAGGGUCUCUGUCACUCUCUGCGCGUCUGUGUGUGUGCUGCAGGGUGUUGCUGAGAGCCCCGUCCCUCGCACAGGCUCAGAGAAGGAGAUCUCUCUCUCUCUUUCAUUGAGAAGAGCAAAUGCAUCAUAGAGGAAUGUUUUAAUUACAUCCGUUAAUUAGAUGCUUAGUUGGUGAGAUAAAAUGUUAUUUCCAUUUUUCUGACAUUCGGGGCAUUCUCUGGUGAGCUGAGGCAGCUCGCAAAGAGAAACACGCUUGUCUGUUAGGAUGCAUGCAAAACUGCUGUAAAGCGGUCAGAUUAAUAGAAACGUGAGUGUCUGAAAGGAGCUACACAGACAUCACUCUUCUAAGAUUGUUUCUGCCAUCAACGUGCGGACGUUUAGGAAGAAACCCCUGGAGGUUAAAAUGCUCUUUGUGCGAGUCCAACCACGUGGUGGCAUUUGAAAGGAAAUCUAAUUGUAAAUGAGCUCGGCACGAUUAUAUGCACUUCCUGCUUCACUAAUAUACUCACCCCUGACCCAUAAAACAACAAAUAUAUUAAGACUCUACUUGGUAGACUUCGCUCUCAUUCAUGUUGUAGAUUGCUGCGUUGCUGCUGCACAUGUGCUGAAUUUUGCAUUCAUCCUAAUUUGUCUUGGCGCAUUUGAUUGUCUCACCUGUUGAGUGCUCAUGGUAAAAAAGGAAGCAUUUACCUACCCAGGUGGGAUGAGCUGCGGUUUAAGCCUUUCCACUCAUAGAACCGAUCAGUCACUAAAGACCUCGUCUAGAGCUAAAUGUGUGCAUAGCCAUAAAAUAUUCAGCAGAUCAACACUGUUGGAAAAUUUAAACUCUCCUUUUCAAACAAAGAAAAAUUGCCUUGUUAUCGCGUGAAAACCAUGCGUCUUUGACCUAAUUGGUUUAGAUUUGAUAAACCCAAGGGCUUUCAAAGUUUUCCCAGUACAUAAAAGAGCAUGUAAUCUUUCAACUGAAGUUAAAACAAACACCCAGUGAUUUAUGCCUUCUUCCCGAGCUGAUUUGAAGCAGCUUCCUUACAAAUUAUGGUCCCAGUUCUCUUUAUAGUCAUAAUGUUCUUCUGGUUUCUGUUCAGCUCUCCACUGUCUGCAUGAAAUAAAAGGCAUGCAAAGAAGCACAGGGCUAAGUAUCAGUGUCGAAAAAACAUCUGCUUUUCAGUCCACUGUCUGUAAACAAAUUAUAUCUUAAAACCAAACCCGAAGGUUUUUUUUUCAGUGUUGUUUAUUCAGUUUUGAAGAAAAAGUUCAGUCGGUAAGAUUGAGAAGUUUUCAUAGCAAAGUGAAUACACACACAGUGUACUCAGUAAGGCUUUACAAACCAACAUCCACGACAAUAAGCUUGAAAAAAAAAAAUCCCUCAUGUGAAAUUUUCAUGCUAUGCAAAACGAACGAAUAUAUAACGGGCUGUUUUCAGCUAUCGUUUGAUAGUUUCGAGGUCUCUGUGAACAUUUCGAGCAUGAAUAACAAGUUUGCAGCCUCAAAAAGUGAGAUUUGUGUGAUUCACCGACAAAGAAGUUUAAAAAAAAAUAAUGUCUGUCCUUAUAUAUGUAUUUUUUGUUGUUGUUGCUGUUGUCACUGGUGUCUACUGGUGCUUUACAAUAUCUGAUUAUGAUGAAAAGGUAUAAUAAUAAUAAUAAUAAUAACCAUUUACCACAUGUUUGUAGAUGUGCAUUUAUAUUCGGUGACUACCAUUUGCCAAAAAAAAAGAAAAGAAAGAAAAAGAAAAAAGAGAGAGCUUAUUAUCUGAGCCAUUGUUAUAAAGGAAAACUAUACCUUUUCAUCCCAUCUGCUGAUUCUUACAAUUGCAGAGGCACAUGGCUUUUUUUCCCUUUUUUUUCUAAAUGUAACGAUCUAUUUGACUGAAUAAUGUAACCGUCAUACUGUACACUGCUCUCCGGUUGGAAACGAAGCAUGCUGUGUGCUCCUGGUCUGUGAGGGACACUCGCAGUCAUUAUGGUGCUGUCUGUUUUUUCUCACAUUGCUCUUUCUGUAGAGGUCAUCGCCAGACUGACAGCUCCAAAAAGGCAUCUGGGUCUGUUCCCUUUUAUUCGGAAAUAUGGUUCUGUAUUAGAACAAUAUCAAGCUGUCACGUUUGAUGUGCACUCUUUACGACUAGACUUGUUUAAGAGUCUCUGCUUUGGGCUCAGGCUCCGGUGACAAUGGGCUUCACUCUACAAGUCUCUAUAUCUUUCUUUGUGUCUAUAGUAAACAGUCAAAUAUAUACAGUAUAUAAAUAUAUAUCUAUUUUCUUUGUAUGCAUAUAUUCAUUACUAUUUUUGCACUGACCUAUGGACAGAUGGAUUUAUUUUUUCCACAAAGGGUGCUAUUAUAACGGAGGCCUUCUCCCACACCUUUUUGCAUGACUUGCUCAAAAUUCCUCGACUGGUCUGUCAUCUCUCCUACUCUCCUCCUACUACUCCUUGAACUGUUGCAAUUGAAGCACUGUAAUUUUGUAAUCCCUACUCGUGAGCUUUGAAAUAAACAGGGAGGCUUGAAAUUUUG